AUGUCUUCUACAAGGUGUACGUUUAACAAAACAGACCAUGAAAUAACGUUCAAUCUCCAGCGGAAAUCGCAAAUUCMUACGGAUACUCCGCAAAGUUUAAAGGCCGAGCUUGAUGACUCACAAGCAAGUCUCUAUCAGCCUACCGAAAUUUCAACGAAUCUAUCAGGAGAUCUAGAAGGUCACAGUGAAAAUAACUCUAGAGAAAAGCUUAACGAGUUUUUAAAUUCAAGGGACAUAAGUCCAAUACGCAACUCACUCACCAUCCCGUGGGAUAAAGCUUCAGAUCGAACUAAAAGAUAUUAUACUCGGAAAGCCAAUCAAGUAGUGACUGCGGCGCUGGAAGAGAUCGCACCUAAAAGUUCUGAGAACCUACUUUCUACUUUGAAAGCUAAAUGUGAAGACGAAGGAAACUGUACUGAUUCUACGCUUCUAGACGCACUUGUUGAGUGCUAUAAUAACGCGAGUAACUGGACCAUGCGUAGGCAAAUACUGUCAAUCAUGGCAGAUAAAGUUUCUUUUAAAGGACUCCAGAAGUGGAUGCCGGAUUUAUCAAGGUAUCGUUACAACAUAGCUCGCCAUCACUUGUUACUGCAUGGCAGAGGAUCUGUUGUCCCUCCCAUAAAAAUUGCAAGAAUGCGUGUCUCGCGCGAAAAACUGGAUCAUUUCUUAACAUUCAUAUCGAGCACACAAAUUGUGCAAGACUUGCCGUUUGGAGAAAAAACCCUUAAACUUUCCUCCAAUACAGAAAUAAGGGUUCCAAACGUGAUAAGAUCAUCAAUUCCCGAACACAUAGWCAAACAGUAUCAGAGCUAUUGCGUCGAUACAAAUUUUGAACCGAUGAGCCGAAGCACCCUGCAUAGAAUCCUCAAAAAAUGUUCAGCAUCAGUCCGUAAAUMCUYGCAAGGCCUAGACUAUUUCUCCGCAGAUGGGGCAAAGGCUUUUGAUGACAUUGAAUUGAUUAUCGAAAAACUUGGAGACACRYAUGAAAAAGGGCUUUCCUGGGAAAAGGAACAAACCAGCAAGUUAAAACACGCGAAACGUUACCUCAAAGGUGACUAUAAGGUUCAUGUGUCUUCAAGCUCAAAGGUCCCUGACCAUUGCAGAGCAUACGCACUUAGCUUCGAGGGCGACAAAGAACRUACGUUAACCUGUGAUCAUCAGCAUGACAUUGGUUGUGAUCGAUGUGGUCUUUUCCCAAAUGUCAUUGAAGAGAUCGAAACAGUGUUAGAAUCUAUUGAGAUGUCCGACRAGGAGAAAGAUGAAAUGAGGUAMAUAAUUGGCGAGUCAAAGAAGAAUAUACAAGCAUGGAAGGCCCACACACUCCGCUCAAUAAACCAAGAUGAGGCUCGACUUGAUGUCCUGAACAACUUGGAGCCAAACUCAGUCCUUGUUACCUUAGAUUGGGCCAUGAAAUUCCUUCCAAAAAAGUAUCGGGAAAGCCAAUCCGAUUGGUUCRGCAAAAGGGGAAUUUCAUGGCACAUUUCAGUUGCUACCAGAAAGUUUCAAAGUCAAGUGCAAACGCUAACAUUUGUACACAUGUUUCAAAAGUGCUCUCAAGAUAGCAUAAUUGUCCAGGCUAUACUUGAUGAUGUUGUGAAACAACUAAAGGCCAGUUUUCCAGAGAUCAACAAUGUCUACCUGAGGCAAGACAAUGCUGGUUGCUAUCAUAGCGCAGCCACACUACUAGCAAUCCAGCAAUUAUCUACUGCAUAUAAUGUGAAAAUGAGAAUAGACUUCUCGGACCCCCAGGGUGGCAAAGGCGUCUGUGACCGGAAGGCAGCUACACUCAAGAACGCCAUAAGGCUAUACGUUGAUACAGGUCACGACGUGCAGACA